AUGGCGGGUUCCCUCUCAGCAGCCGCGUCUCUUUUGCGGCGCCAGCUCCGGGAGAUGCAGGUCAGCAAGGACAUUCCAGGGAUAUCGUGCGGGCUCGUCAGCGACAGCAACAUUUUCGAGUGGGAGGUUAUGCUCAUGAUUAGCGACGACUGCAAAUACUACGGAGGAGGCAACUUCCGAGCGCGUCUCGUCUUUCCGCCCAACUAUCCUCACAUGCCUCCGUCUCUGACCUUUCAGGACCCGAUUCCCUUUCACCCCAACAUCUACGAGAGCGGGAACCUCUGCAUCUCGAUCCUACACCCACCCGAGGAGGACCAGUACGGGUACGAAGCGGCCUCGGAGCGCUGGAGCCCCGUCCAGUCCCCUGAGACGAUCCUGCUUAGCACCAUCAGUCUGUUUCACAGCCCCAACGAGGAGAGCCCCGCCAACGUCGAGGCGGCCAGGAUGCUGCGCGAGGAGAAGGAGGGCAAGCACAAGGACUUUCGCCGACGGUGCCGAAAGUGCGUGCGCGAGAGCCUGGGCGAGGACUAG